GUCCCUGCGAGUGCGAUGAUCCGGGCUUUGAGGAGUCGGCGUGCAGCAGCUGUUGUUGCUGGAACAACCGGAACGUCUACCUCCUCAACUUCUUCGUCAUCCUCGAGUACUACUACAGCAGUUAGUUCUACUACAGCUGGACUAGGAACAACAGUCAGCAAUUCGUCGCUUCUGUCCGCUUUAGAGCAGGACGCACUGACUCGGGUGGUCGGGGCAGCGUUUGAGCACAUUGCUGUGGUCGGACACUACACAUGGAGUGAGGAUGAAAUGGAUGUGAAAUAUGAUAAGAAGCAACCUCUCCCAUUCGAUGAUGAUACAAAGCAAGCACAGCAGAGCAUUCGGUCGACACUGCCAUUGCAAGACUAUCGGAUGCUGUUGCGGAUAGGGAAAUCAAAGAUUUUAGACAUUCCAGAAACAUCUACUACUACUAAGGGUGAUGGUACUUCUAGAAGUCUAUCUAGUACCCCGUCUUGCGCAUCGACUACGGCUUCGUCCUCCUCAGAAACCUUACUUUCACCAUCUUCUUCAGCUGAAGAGGCGUCUCCUUCGACAUUUCGCUUCGACAUGUCAUGGUUGCUCGACAGCCAAGCAGUGCUAGAAAACGCCGUGAAGUUGCUGUACUUUUACAGCCCGAAUGAGACGAAGACCUACCACGGAAUCAAGGGCAAGCUGGAGGAUCAGAAUUUGCUCGAUUCUUUAGCUGAUAUGCACGACCGUUUGCAGAAGUACGGAUCCGAAGCAGGGACUCGCGUGGUAGCACAAAUAGCUGACGAAAGGCGGCGCAUGGGGGAACUGGCGAAAGCCUAUGUUCCAAAUCAAGCUUUUUUUACGGCUGAUGUCAACGAAGAUGUUUCAGAUUUUUGAGUCCUGAGUGUGGAUUGAUGCCAGUAGUUUCAUGGAAGAUUUAGUCACUACAAAAGCCUAAUUGAUGACGGACUGCUAUGUAAAAAGUACUUCUAAUUUCCACAAGCUCGUCGAGUCCCUGCUGCACACAUCGCCAGCCUGUGGCGUCGCUUUGACAGGGUGUCUCGCGCAACUGUGGUUUCUUUUGGCGGAUACGGAACGGCCCGAAAAGGAUCAGAUUGAUUUGGAUGACGUCGCGUCGAAGAUGAUUCUCCCUUUUGUUGGAGCGAGCGACGCCGCACACUCCAGUUCCGGUGGAGUGGAGCAGGCAGACCACACAUUGUUGGCGAAUGGCUUCUUGUCUUUGUCUACGAUGUUCUAUGUGAACACGAAAGCGGCUUCGAGUUGCUUGCACCAUUCCAGUGGCCGCGUUUUGAACGUCAUUCUGCGGCUGUGCUACACGCAAGUGUUCAAUUAUGGAAUCGAGAAUCCUAAUAUUAAUUGUAAAAAUUCUCGAGGACUGCGUAGAUGAUUUUGGGAUUGAGGAUCAUGCACUCUUUCACCGUUUUUGAAUGAAGAUGAUCUUCCUGAAUUUCUUGAUUUUGUACGCGAUUAUGUCUUAUUUACUAUUAUCUUUGCAGUUACAACGCCGCUUCAUUCUCUCCUCUCCUCUCGCCCCCUUUCAUACCCUCGUGCAAUCGGCAGAUACGCGUUUGGCGCAGAUUUACGCCUCGGACGUUCUGGUGCAAUGCAUGCGGAGCUUGACAACUCGUGGACAGAUUGUUGACGCUGGAGGUGUCGAGAUGAUUAUCGGAAUUUUGAAAGGCCUAGAGCGCGGACCGAGUGAAGCGAAUAAUACAAAUUGUGCUUCUAGUAGAGACCGUGGUGACACUUCUCUCCAGGCGGAUCAAACUCGAUUGCUCAAGGCGAAACUGGUGUGCGCUCUUGCGUUAUUGGCAGCCCACAACGAGGAAGUUUGUUGUCAGAUCUUUGAGUUCACCGACUUCUUGGCGGCGCUUGAGAGCGCUUUUGCGUAUGUGAAGGACCUUUAUGCGGCACUGGCGAAAACGAGGCGCGAACUGGAAGUGAAGGUGCUGCGAGGUGGCGGCUCGACUGGAGGAAAAGCUUCUACAGGAGAGGCUCUCCAAGAUCGUGAGGGCGGAGGAAACAAGAAGAGUGUUAAGAAACUGGAUUUGAGUACUCUUCUGUUGCAUAGUGAGUUGUUUGUGCUCUCACUGCGUACAAGAAGGCUUUCCCAGUUUUAAAACUAACAGGAAUAAAGUCGCGAUACUUAGUGGACUUACGAGGACACCUUGCCAAAUUCUAAUGUUGUCCCCGCCAGUC